CGCGUAAAAAUAAUUUCUAAACAGUCGCAUAUUCUCUUUGUAGUGUCACUAGUGUGUGUUGUCGUUUCUGUUUUCCGAAAUAUUUCACUCUGCCCUUAUUUUAAACUGCUUUUUAUUUGUCAUUUGUGUAUUUGGUGUAAUCUGGAGUAAGAAUAUUUUCAAAAACAAUGUCUACUCGGCGGACGAGUGUAAAUAUCGCCAAACCAAAACUUGGAAAUCGUGAGCGACGGAGCCCAAAGCGAACCAAGACUCCUUCAAGCAACGAACUAAAAAACAGAUACAGUAAGUAUAAAGGAGUGUAGGGAACCAGCAUUGGGGAGAAGAUGUACUUAUGUUAAGAUCUACUUAAUCUUAUAGUUUAUUCUUCAAGUCUUCUCCGAGCUCGAGUGUAGUGUACAUUUAAUGAAACGGGCACGGCAUUUAAUUCUGUCUGUCUCUGAUUUUGAGACUGAAUUUAUGAAGUAAAUGCUUGUUACUAUUAAAUUCACCGAUACUUUGUUUGUAUUCCAAUAUUAAAGUGAUUAAAAUAUUCACUUGGUUUAAAUAUUCACUUAGUUUUAUAUAGAUGCUUGGGUAUUUAAAGCACUGGUCCAUGUAUUGAAAGGGUCAAAUAUACAUUUCUGCCAAAAUGGCGGCAAUUAGUGAUGGGCGAUACCGAGUACUCGGUAUUCGAUACCAGCGAUACCCAAUCUCGUACCCAGAGCAAUGCCUGUGCGCGGGCUAUGAAGGCAUUGGCUCUGGGGAAAUUGACAACCGGAACCCCUAAAUUUAGGGGUUCCGGUUCUUUGUCGGCAUACACGAUUGACAAACGUUAAACCAAUCACAGCACAGGAAAAAUUCAAUUUCCCCAGAGCCAAUGCCAUCCUAGCCCGUGCACAGGCAUUGCUCUGGUUAUGAGAUUGAGCAAUACCACAAACAGCGGUAUCGGUAUCGAUUACUGACGUGGUAUCGUUCAAUACUUACGACUUGUUUAAUUUCACUUCUUGGUACAAACAUAGUUAUGGUUGAAUAAGAGUGACUUCAUGAACCACUAAAAUAAGUCUUAAUCCUAAUGUGGUGUUCUAAGUCAUGUAUAGAAAAUAUUUAGUUACGUUUCAGGCUUUUAGUUUACAUAUAGCUUUAUUUAGGUUAUAUACAGUAAUGCAAAAUGUUUUCCUGCUGACCGGCAGGUAUCGAAAGUAGCCGAUACUAGCAAUUUAAGUACUCACUUCCGGUAUCGAAAAUUGAAAUUUUGUGUUCAUUUUGGUAUCGAAAUAGGUAUCGGCCGAUACCGAUCUUAAAAGUAUCGGUAUCGAAUUAAAAAAUAUGCUGGUAUCACCCAUCACUAGUGGCAAUAUGUGCUUUCUCCCAGCUCUGGCUAGAAAGUGAGAAUGACAAGAAAUGUGAAAAUUUUGUAGAAUUAACGUUGGUUACAAAUAGUGGCAACAUUGAAUUUAUUGUAUAAUCUGAAGUCAUAUAUGUUUGUGUCAACAAAUUAUUUUGCUAUUUUCAGCCACUGCAAACGGCCAAAUGGCAAUAACCCAUUAUGCUAUGAUCUAUCUAUCACAGGAAAAGUUGUAAAUCGCAAGCGUCAUGCUUUGAUACGCUGCAUCACAUGUCUUAUUAUCAUCUGUGUUGUGCACCAAUACAGCUUGAACUGUAUAACAGCUGUAGCUGAAAAAACAGUGUGCACAGUACUAUUUCAAUGUUGCCCAUGAAAGAGCACCUGGUUUGGCAGGUUUGUUAAAAACAACAUGCUUACCAGUUGUGCAUUGUGAAAAUGGUUUAAUUAACCUAUCACAAAUUGAUACAGUGUAUUUUGAGUUCUUCAUAUAUGUUUAUUAUAUAUUUUUUACCUCUUAAGAAUUCAGCCCAAAAGGAAAACGAAAAUUAGAUUUUCUAUUCAAAGGAAAGAAGGCAGGACCACUUGCUGGAAAAUUAUUUUAUCUUGAUCUCAAUGGUUUCCGUUAUUCAACUCAGUUGAAAAAAACAAUUGAACAGCUUGGUGGGGUAAGCAUUCAUUUAUAUGAGUAUUUUAUAUUAACAUGCCAAACACUGCAUGGUUUAAGGUGACUCCCUACAGUUUUAUAGUAACGUUUUAGCACACAACUGCACAUGCUUUUAAGGCCCAUUAUUUCCUCAGUUUGCAAGAUAUGAUCACGAAGAUCGCACACAACAACAACAUUGCGUAAAUACUAAAGAUUACGAAAAACAAAAAUAUCUUUCAAUAUUCUUGUUGCCAUAGCAACGAGGUAAUUUCAAAAAUAUCGUAUUUUUGCAUUCUUUCUUUGAUUUUUUAAAUUUCUUUCGGUGAAACGUUUUUAUUUUCUGCACUCAUGAAGCUAAUGUACAGUUACUUCAAAUAAGAGUUUUUUAAAAGAAUUGUAGGGGCCAAUUACUCCAGAAUAUAUGUUUGCGAUGUUACUCUGAGUGCAUAUCCACACCGGGCGAGCUUGAAAAAUAUGCCCGGCCACGGUGGGAUGGGAACAUAUUAUUCACCUGAGUACACAACACCAACACAGAAAAAAAUUCAUAUUACUAGAACACAUUGGUAUUGAAGGAACUAGAUACUGUUCCGAAAUAUCACUUACACGAACCGUCCUGACCGCGUAGCUCAGUUGGAAGAGCAUUGGGCUAGUAUUCCAAAGGUCGUAGGUUUGAAUCCCACCGUGGCCGGGCAUAUUUUUCAAGCUCGCCCGGUGUGGAUAUACACUCAGAGUAACAUCACAAACAUAUUAUUCACCUGAGUACACAACACCUACUCCAGAAUACUUCGAAAAACCGGGUUUUUAAAAUUGAAGAAAUCUGCUCCUACAAUUUUUUUAAACUUGCAUAUUUUAUGCAUUGUAUGAUUGCUGUACAGUGUACAAAGUUGUAAAAAAUUUUCACCGAAGUAAACACGAGAAAAAUACAGUUAUUUUUAGUGUAUGACGUCAGAAAAAUCAGGAUUUCAAUUUCCACACAUGGAAAUAAUAUUUUGUGUACUUUCUGUCUAUACAUGCGUGUGGAUUGACAUUCGUUUUCAUUUUGACUUCAAUAAUAUUUGUGAUUUGUUUGAGAUUAUUGAAAACCGCAGAAAAUACAGUAUAUCAGAAUAAGCAGCAGAAAAUACAGCCCUAAACUUUUUUAAAUUUGCAAUUGUUGAGUUGUUGUGAAAAUCAGAAUAAAAGCCCGUAAAACUAUUCAAACUAUUAAAAACUUUUCCGCUAAAUAUCUGUUUCAUGCAUGAAGGAUAUAAUAUAAAAUUUUAUAUAAAUAUAAAAAUAUAAUUUUAUAUAAAAUAAAACACUAGAUGAUUCAAGUUGAAUGCAAAGAACUAGUAAGUCUUGAUAUUAACUAUUACACAAAUAAAUAUUUCAGUGACAUAAUUAUUUCUAGUCCAGCACUCAAAAACUAUUUUGCCGGCUUGUGUAAAAAAGACCACAAAUUUUCCACGUGCAUGAUGCGAGAAUGAAGUCUACUAAAUCAACUUCAAAUUCUACUAAUAACUGUAUAGGGAGCCACUUUAAGUUAAACUAUGUUUACAAGUUAUAACUCGAUGACAUAUAAAUGGUUUUUUGUAAUAAACAGAAUAAAUGGCAAACUCUUGUUAUUUAUCUUAUGAAUAUGAUAUCCUUGCUGGUUACAUGAUGCAAACAACACCACUUCAACGCUACAAUGUUCAUUUGAUUUUCAGACAAUUGAAGAAUUCUUUAGAAAAGAAGUAACUUACCUAGUGACAAGUCGUGGAGACUGUGGAAAAUCACCAAGCAGCCAAUCUGCUCCCAGUCCAGGAACACCCAGUCCAAUACCUCAAACAAGAAGGUACAACAUAGGGAAUAAAAUACCCUUAAAUUUCUUAUUUCUUCCUGUAGGGUCAGCUGCUUAAGUAUCCUUUCAUCAUGUAAUGUUCCUUUCCAACGGUUCAUUUUCUACUCUAAGCACACAUAAUUCCCGUACUCUUCUUUCCUCUUAUUCAGUUAUUGUUUCAAAUGUUCAUUGUCCUGCUUUCAGUUUGGAUGCCUGAAGUCUUCCGUUAUGCUUCCCAUACUUGAAACUCCUAGAUAUUACAGAAAUUUACCAGCCUACGUAUUUCUUCACGUUUGCCAUCAAUUGUUUAUACUCACAGGAAGACCACAUAUUUCUGCCACUUAAACCAGGUCAUAUUUACAGUAUAAAGAGUACGUCGUGACAGACCAUUUCCUUUGUGAAGGUCCUGGAUUUCCCCAGCCCCCUUUUUGGUGCAAUAUACAGCAUAAUUUGUGAUUUUUUCCAGCAUAUUAAGAGUUCUGAAUCAAUAAAGCACAUGAGUAACUGCGCUCAAAUAAAAAAUUACACUCUAACUGCAUUAUGAAAUAUAUUCUUUAUCUAUAGUUGUCUGAAAUGAAUAUGAAUGAAAGUGUAGUUUUAUUAUGUAGAUUUAUUUUUUUUAUCUUAAGGUGGCUCCUCACUGUUAGCACAGUUUAAAAAACACGAUUUGUAUAGAUUAGACGUCAUCCUCGCGACCCGCGCGUGGAAUCUUCGUGGCUGGGUAAAGUAAACGUGCAAAAUCCACAAAGAAAACGCCUGUUUUUCAUUACAAUCCUAAAUUUUUCAGAAUUCGAACAGUAUGCAUGUUGAAACAACCUGUUCUAACCUAUCUUUCAGUUGUGUUCAGUAUUGUCUUUUAUCAUGCUCAAAUUUUCAACUUGUUGUGUCUUCAAAGCACUCUAGAACAGUUGAACUGUCACCGAAACUCAUGUAAAUCCUGUCGUUCAACUCAGUUCACAGGUAUUGAUUUAUCUGCUGAAUCUAAUAAAACUCUUACGAGUUGUUUUAUACGAAAAGUCAAACUUUGUAGUCAGUGAAUGUUUUCGAUUUUAACAAUAAAACCAACUGUAAGAAACGCUGGAUUAAUACAAUGCGUAAUAGUGUUUUUAUUGUUAGUAUUUCCAAUGUUGCUCAUGCAGCUCCGGAUAUCCUUGCACUAUUCACCUCUGGACAAAAUCAAAAUGGCUUCCCGUUUCGUUCUGGUUACAGACGAGCAAAUGUUUGUACAAAACGAAGCUGGGGUUUCGCCAAACACGAAGAAAGCCACAAAAUUUUGUUUAACAGUUUGUAGAGGUAUUCUUUAAAGCUAUUUCUAAUAAAUAAAAUUACUAAAGCGUAUUAAAAUACUGUUUUGUUUACAACUAUUAUGGGAACUGAAAUACAAAUUGUUUUAAAAAUGUUUUGUUUUUUUUGGUCAUUUUUAUUUUGUUGUAUAUGCUAAAACAAUUAUUGACCUCUGUUUCCGUGACUAAUUGUUAAUUACUCUUCUAUUUUCAUGUCAAACAAGUCAGAAAUAUCUAUUUUCGUAUAGAAAUUACUAAACAAACCAACUAUAAACCACACGCGUUUUGUUUUGUUCACGCAUAAUUUACACACAUGCGCAGAUAAAUCAUGUCCAAUUGAUAUUUUAUGACGUCCGCAACUUUAACUCGAUUUUAGGGCUGUUUUUCUCGGGUUUCCUUCGGGGCACUUUGCGGUAAGUAGUAAAAGUGCAAAAGAUAAAACGACAUGGUUGCAAUGGCAAAACUGACACUGUUCGUUCAUAUAUGGACAGCACAAAGCUUCUGAACGUUCCUGCAUGGUAAUUGUAAUAUUGCCCUGUCUUAAGUGCAUUCAAUAUAAAUUUGGUUGAAAGCGAAAGUUGUCCAAAAUACCUAAAAUUUUAGAGAACUGUAGGGAGCCACCUUAAGUUUAUAACUUAAAAUUUGAUGGAAAGAUAACUGUAGAGGGACACAAAUUCCCAUUUUACAACUGUUCUUGUAAUUUCAAAUCUUAGCUCAUCAAUAAAAAAUUAUGCAGCCGCAUCGCCAAUGAGCACAGAUUCUCCUCAAGGCCUAGAUAUUCAAAACCAAGUUCCCAACGGUACAAUGAGAGGGAAAUCAAUCGCACAAAGAUCUGCUGGGUUCAAGAAAGGAACUACUGAUAUCCUGACCAACGCCAGUACAUGGGGUGUAAAUAUUCUUCAUGUUGAUCAUGUGAUGAAGUGGAUCUCUCAGUUAAUGUUGAAAGCUCAACAACAGCAAGGUGCAGCAAAGCGGAAAACAACAUCACCUUCAAAACGUGUAUCUCAAACAAAACUUCCAAAAGUCGUGGCAUUGCAAGAGACAUACAUCAAAAUUGAAGAUCUAGGUUUCAAAUAUAGACCUCUUGUUCAUGAGUUUAAAGUUUGGCCAGAGAUUACAUUUGAUAGUUCAAAUGUUUGCCCCUUUGAUCCACCCAGACCACAGCCCAGACGAAGGUCUUCGGAGGACAGUAUUACCAAGAGAAAAAGUGGAGAGAGAACUGUCAAGUAAGUAGACGGCACUCGCUAAUGAAAAAAUAGUCGGUUUUUUAUAACAUUACUAUACUAUUGAAUAUCCUACAAAAAAUUUAACCCGCUUAGUGUUGGACUUUUCUGUCUUACACCGCAAGACAGUUGCGCUUCGUGGGGACUGUAUACUUUCAGAGCAAUACCAUCGGAAAUAGAACACACACACGUACUUUAAAACAUAUUUAUUUAAACUAUUCAAACGAUAAAAUACAUAACAAGACAAUCCUUCUGGGUUUUUCUCGUGCGUUCAGUCUGACAAUCUACUCUAUAUUAUUCAUGACAUAUGAUACAUUUCUUACGUCAAUCGACUAAAUCAACUAUUGUUUGUUGUCCUACGGCGUUAUCAAUAAUAUAGUAUUGCAAAUUAUUCUACACACUCCCCCCUUUGAGCCUGUAAGGGUCAAACAUGACUUGUGUUCUCCAACGUGCAUCCAAAGCUGCUGCUCUCCUACUGCGCACACGGCUUUCCACCUUUCCUUUCUGGUUAUCAUACCCAUCCACUUUAUUAUCCUUUCUUCCGUACUGCUUCCGUUCUCAUUUAACUCUACAGGAUACAAUUUCUGAACUGGUCUAUGAAGAUAUACUGGAUUUCCUUUAGUCAUCACUCUCACUUUCGCUCCUCGAACCACUUCAUCUUUAUUUACCGACAAUUAGACUGUCAAUCCUACCUAACGUCCGUGGUACUGCCAGAGUAGCUCUGAGCCCGCAAUGAUGAACUCGCUUAUGGCAUGCAGAUAUAAUCAACUUUGUUAGCCAAUGCUCCUUCGGGAGAAUAAUUGGUUCCCUAGUUGCUUCCUCUAAAUGUGAAUUAGAGAGCCUACCCUUGCAUUUCAAAAUUCCAUCUCUAUCAACCAAACUUAACUGUUUUACUAAAUGCUGGAAAUCUUUCUUAUUCCUCAAACUGACUUGAACAUCCUUGAUCAAUGCACUCUCUGCAUAUCUUAUCUCCUCUACUGUCAAAUUACCUAAAUAAAUUUCCCUAUCUUGUGAUUUCGCCUUUACAUUCUGCUACCCUUAUGUUACCCUUAUUAAGCUUACUAUAUGCCUUAACAUCAGUUACAUUCCCUAAGCUGGCUGAUUCACUAUCAACCUGCGCUGUCAUUGUGACCGACUUCUUAACUUCCUUCAAACUAUCUUCUGUUUCUAUAAUCUCUGUAGCAACAGGCCAGUCCACUUGAGGACCUAACAACCAAUUGGGACCCUUCACCAAAGUACACUCUCCUUCAAUCUGGAUGGGGAUACCCCUCGUGAUCCUAGGUCUGCGGGGAUUUCUAGGCCAGGGCAAUGUCCCCACUCUUCCUUUUUACUCAGUCUUAAAAUUUCGUUAACCCUAUGUCUGACGAACUGUUUCCACUCGCCCUGGUUAUUGAUCCAGCACAGUGCUGUCUUGCUGUCAAGCCAAUAGUAGGUGUUGCUUAUCUCGACAUCAACUGAAAGUGCUGAUCUAACUGUAUCCAUCAACCUAGCUAGAAUUAAUCCAGACAUCAGUUCUAAACUAGGAAUAGUUUGUGCUUUAAUUGGUGCUACCCUAGUCUUUGAAGUAAGGAGUUCAACAUGAUAAUUACCACUUAACUCACAGACAUAAUACACAACUGCACAAUAGGCUUUCAAACUAGCACCACCGAACCCAUGUAAUGAACAUUUGGGUUUUCCAAUUAGAUUUUGCGUACGUUGACCUACAACUUCAAGAUCAUGAACCCAACCUAACCAUUGCUUCAAAUAUUUUCCUUUUAGUUCAGAAUCCCAAUCUACUUUGUCCAAACACAGUGCUUGAAACAACAUCUUAAUCCUUACUACCAUUGGGCUAAGCAUUCCCAAUGGAUCAAACAACCCAGCUAAUAUUCUAAGAAUAUUGCGUUUGGUAACAGGUUGCGAUUUUGCUUUCUCAACUAAACCCUGAAACAAAAACUGAAACUCGUCAGUUGUACAAUUCCAAGCUAACCCAAGGACUUUCUCUGAUGUAUCAUUUUUGCCUGUCAUGCAAAGGAAUGACUUAGCAAAUGUUUCUUCACAUGCCAAGUUUCAUCUAUCAGGCUUGAUUUCUUCCUUUGAUUGGAUUUUCUCUAAUACAAGUUUACUAUUACUGAGCCAUUUCCUAAGCUUGAAACCCCCAGAAGCUAAAUUGUUACUAGAAGCUUCAUAUAAUGAUAAUGCAUGCUCAGGGGUUUGUUCUCCAGUUACCAGGUCAUCAACAUAAAAGCUGUCCUUCAACUUUCGAGUCAAUUCCGGAUUACCCUUCGAAAAGCGGUCAAGAUGGUGUUGAAGUGUGGCAUUCAGCAAAAAUGGUGAACAGUUCACACCAAAAACAACUCUACAAAAUCUAUACUCUACUGGCUUCACCUCAUCUUCAUGUAUGUUGCCCACUCAAAGAAACCUCAAACAAUCUCUGUCACACGGAUCAGUUUCAAUAUUUAAAAAGCUUUCUCUAUAUCUGCUACAAGGCAAGCGCUAUUUGCUUUUCUCUAAAACGCAGUGUAAUGUGAUACAACAACGAGGAUAGAGGUGGCCCAACAUGCAAGCAGUCAUUUAAAGAUACACCCUUCUUAGUCUCUUUACUCGAUGCAUCAUACACAACCCUGACCUUAGUGGUCUUUGCAACUUUACGGACCACAUCAUGAUGUUGUAGAUAAUGGACCUUAUCAGCUCUUUCUAACUCUACAACUGGUUCUAUAAUACCUAGCUCUAAUUGUUGUUUAAUUACUCUGUCAUACUCUUGUAAAACUUCUGGCUCCUUCUUUAAUCUUAAAAGCUGUCCCUUUAAUCUCUGCACACUACAGCUAUAUAUAGUUGGCAAUAAGGCCAAAUAAAAAAAAUACUUGGUUAGCUUCACACUCUCACAAAUUUUCAGAAGCGGGCGGGCGCUUUUUUUUUAAUUAUUACUCUUUCAAUUUUUUAAUAGUAUUUUUGGGGAUAUGGGGGCGGUUUUCCCACCAUAUCGGUGAACUUUUUGUACUGAUGUUGCGAAGGCCGCCAUUUUGCUAUAAGAACCUUGUAUACCCAAGCCCACGCGCUCCUAUCGAUCAGUAUAUAGCGCAAAGGUCUGAGCAUGAGAGGCGGGCGGUGACGCUAACCAAGUUUGUUUUUUUAUUUGGCCUAAACUAUGCCCUUCCUUCCAAGGUAAACGUACACUAUAUCGUUGGCCAUUGAAAUGUAUCGAAUCAUUUAAUAACUCACUAGCUUCCUCUUCAUGCUUUAUACCUAGCGUUUCAUAAUCCCAUAAUUUUUCUUCAACACAUGCUUCAAGGGACCUAUUCUUUGAUGAAGUGACAUGCCCAAUAAGAUUUACAACCUGUGCACACAAUGUAGGACCAUCAUCUUCAGAGCUACUCUUCAGUGGACCUGAAAACACCCAUCCUAAUUUGGUUUGUACCGCAACAGGUUCAUCACUCUUGCCCCUAACCGUACGCCCUUCUUGAAAUAACCACAAAUAAUCUGCGCCAAUUAGUAACUCUAUUUCUAACACAUUCUUGGUCUUAGAAACACCGGAAAUCCAUAACCCUUGCAAAUGUGGGUAAUCUUUCUUCCUUGUCUCUACAUGCUCAUUCCUAAUCUGUGAAAUGCUGUCUACUCCAUAAACAUCAAUGUUAACACUCUCUCCCCCUGUACUGGGGCUACACUCAAUUCAAACACUUCUCUCAACUUCCCUUCAACUUUCUCCUGUCCGAACAUUCUAAUUUCCACCCAUUCCUUCCUCUUUACUGGCACGACGUCAGCGGUUAUAGACCCAUUAGCGGUUAUAGACCCGUCAGCGGUUAUAGAGCAUGGCUCUCACAAAUAGAACUAUGAUGUCGUUUACUGCAUGCACUACAUUUACUCGUAUUUAAACAAUUACUACUAAUAUGUCCUCUUUUUAAACAUAUAAAUCACCGUCCGUACUUACGAAGUAUCUGUUUACGCUUACCAGCAUCCUGAAUUUUCUUACAAUCUUGUGAUAAAUGUUCUUGUAAACAAUGUACGCAUCUUGGCUUCCCUUCCCUGGUGGUAUGAUUCACAAGAGCAGCCGCCGAUCCAUCUAGAAACUGUGGUUUCCUUCGUUCUUGUUUUGACGUGUUCGUCGUAGAUGAUUCGUGUGCUUCGCGUAAUUCAAUUUCAUCUAGAAGUGCUUUUAAAAUAUCCUUCAUCGUCCAAUUCAGAAAAUCUGAUCCACUUGACCCACGAGUUAUCGUCAAACGAAGGGAUUCCGGCAGCUUGUCGAGUAUUUCCGGAACAACAAUCGUAGUAUACGAACUUUCAUCCACUCCCAGGGUUUUCAGACCUCGACAGUUUGUCUCACAGGAAUGGUACAAUUCCCGUAGUCGACGUAUAUCUCGCUCGUUAUAUACUGGCUUUAUGUUCAUCAACGCUUGAAUAUGGGCUCUCUGUACUGCCGUUUUCUUUCCAUAUCGUGUCUUUAGGAGUUCUAAUGCUUCUUUAUAGUUCGUUGCUGUUAAUGUGAACCCUGCGAUAGUUGUCUGCGCGGGCCCAACCAGUAGACCUUUCAAAUAUGCGAAUCUAUCUACCUCUGAUAGAGCGCCAUUCUGAUUCACAGAGCUAUCAAAAGAGUCCCCAAAUUCUUGCCACUCUUGAAUUUUCCCAUUAAAUCUUUUGACCUCUAACUUUGGGAGCUUUGCGCGAACAAUCUGUUUGGGUGUAGCGUUUAUACUCAGAUUCGAUGGUGUAAUUUGUCCUUGUGGUGGUGACGGCAAGGCUUCGAACAAUGCGUCAUUUACGUCGAGAAUUAUCUUUUGUAAUUCAGCUCGCGUAUCAUUUGUCUCCUGAAUUCCCUUUUCCAGCUGUUGUUCUGCGUAUUCGGCUUCACUAUUAUUUAGUACCUCGACAAUCUCUUUGUCUAAAAGUUUCAAGGCUUCGAGUUUCGCGCUCAGCGUGUCUCUCAGCUGUUUGAGCACAUUCUUCUCUGUCUGAGGCGUUUCACUCGCAUUCGCUAAACAUUCUUUUAUCUUCGUUCGUAUCUUCGUUGCUGAACCUCUGUGCGCUGCGCGUGUUCUUCUUUCCUUUGUCAGCUCGUCCAACGGCAUUGUCGUAUCUGUGUCGAUUCUUUCUUUCGUAAUCUAUCCGGUUCGAAGGACCAAGUGUUGCACUUUUCUGUCUUACACCGCAAGACAGUUGCGCUUCGUGGGGACUGUAUACUUUCAGAACAAUACCAUCGGAAAUAGAACACACACACGUACUUUAAAACAUAUUUAUUUAAACUAUUCAAACGAUAAAAUACAUAACAUGACAAUCCUUCUGGGUUUUCCUCGUGCGCUCAGUCUGACAAUCUACUCGAAGUAUAUUAUUCAUGACAUAUGAUACAUUUCUUACGUCAAUCGACUAAAUCAACUAUUGUUUGUUGUCCUACGGCGUUAUCAAUAAUAUAGUGUUACAAAUUAUUCUACACUUAGCUUAACAAAAUGACUGGAAAAUGACUGGAAAAUGACUAUUGAAGGAGAUGUCUUCGCUUCCACUUCGUGCUUUUUAUUGUACAAAUAUGUAUCAAGCAUAUAGUAUUACAAGUCAGUUCAAAACGACAUCCUUCGUUUAAUUCUUCAAAUGUUCUGUUUUCUAUAGGAAACCUCCAAUACAUGAGCGCCCUAAACAUGGGUAUUGUGAAUGUUGUGAAGUUCGCUAUGCCGAUUUAGAUACAGUAAGUAUUUAGAAAUGAAACUCUGAUGUACAAUAGUACUUGUUUUUCAGUUGUACUUUGAUGUCCUUAACAAAUUAAAUGUCUUCUUACUCUAUUAUGAUAAUGUGCAACUAUAUACAGUUUUGUGAUUGCAAUAUUUAUUAUAACCCUACACAUGAAAACAAAUACAACUAAAUUUUAAAAAGUGGGUGUAUGUAUGUACAUAAUGGGGAAAAUUGGGAUAAUUGAAUUUUCUAAAAAAAUUUUUUAGCAUUUGAGGGGUAAACACCACAAACAAUUUGCAAGGAAAGAUUCGAAUUAUAUAAGUUUGGACAAGGCGAUUUACGGAGGGCCUAAAGUUGAAGACCUUCUGAAAGAAAUUCAUUUCAAGAAAUCAAGCAGUUCUCCUGUCCUGAAAAAGAACAACUUAUCUUUCAGGUG